AUGAUUGAAAACGCUACGUCAACUGCUGUUAAACUCCAAUGGCUCAGUAAUGCGCGAGCUUUCCUCGAAAUUGGUUUACCCAGUUCAAUGUAUUUCGCUAUAAGGUCGUCCUUAGUUAUUGAAUUAGUGGAACUAGCUAGAGAUUAUGAGUGGCCAGUUGUGGAUGAGAUCAGAAUGCAAGAGGACGUAUGCUCCUGUCUUUUAAUAUUUUCGACUAUAGAAACAGAGCAACUAAAGGCUCUGACUCAAGCCGAGAACGGAAGUCGAUUUCGCAAUCUAGCUUUGGGUAGCAAUUUACUGCCUACUAUUCAGGCAGUUUACUUUUUAGAUCUUCCGCUAUUAAACAUAAUAACUAAACUCAUUUAUCAAGAUGAUAUAGAGGUUCUAUUAACAAGUUGUUGGGCGUUAACAUUCAUCACAUGUGAUCUAAAUGAUGAAUUAAAAGCUAUUCAAGAUUCUAAAAUUAUUCCUCGACUGAUAGCAUUAAUUUCCGCAACAUCUUUACCCUUGAAGAAGAUUUUAAUUCGAUUAAUUGAUAACAUAACAAUGGGAGAUGAACCGGUCGCUAAGGAAGUCAUAUGGUUAUUAUCAAACAUAGCAACAACCUAUCAAAAUUCAGCCUCGGCGUUUUUUCACUCAGGAAUUGUGCAAUUAUGGAUUGAAAUAUUUUCAGACCUCGAUCACGCCACCAAAAUUGAGGUCCUGGAAGCAAUAUCCGCUCUCACCUUACAUAGUAACCCAGAGGAGAAGAGCCAUUUAAUGGAAUGCAACAUUAUCCCUUUAUUACAGACGGCAUUAAUAGAAGAUAGUUUAGAGUUAUUAAUACCUGCUUUAACUAUUAUGAGAGGCUUAUUUCAACAGAUUCCAGUCAAGGAGCCGCUAAUAGCUGAAUUAGAUCGAUGUAAAGGUACUAAAAUAAGUAAUAACUUAGCCGUCUACUUUUUGUUUAAUGCCUGA